UUAAUGUCCAACGGGGGGCGCUAGCACGCCCGUCUGGGUGAUAGUUUAGUUGUUGACGGAAGUUCCUUCGGAAGUGAAGUGGCAAGCAGCCAUGGUGCGGAUGAAGUCAAGAUAUUUAUUGUGCGAGGUCAAUGUAUCAGAAAGGAGUGACUUGUUGCUGCUGGAUGACCGAGCCAUUGCAUUAGCAGUGAAGGCAGCAGUGGCCCGCACACAUGGGGACUACGGGGCUGCUCUUUGCAGCAUCGGAUUCUCUGUGAAAUAUCUGAAUGCACACACUGGCGUAGUAUUUCUACGUUUCCGCAAAAGGUGUUACAAACUCCUGUGGUCUGCUUUGCCUUUUAUUACCAGCAUUCAAUGUCGUGGACAAAAAAUUUCAUGUUUUCUGAAUUGUUUGCAUGUGGGAGGAACAAUUAGAACAUGUCAGAAGUUUUUGAUCCGGUACAACACUCAGCAGCUCCAUCGAAUGCUCCCUAAAUGUACAAAUGAAGAAGAAAAACGGCAAAUUCGCCUGGCAAUUCUGAAAUGCUCUCUAACUGGAAACAAGAAAGAGAUUGAAGAUAAAUCAGAAAGUGAAGAAGAUGAAAAAGAGUGACUUCACAAUAUGUUGCAACAAUCUUCAAUUUCUGCAAGGAUGACUGACUGAUAUUAUUUUGGUAAUGGCACUGAUGGAGUAUUAAGAAGCAUUGGAACUUUGACUUACUGCUGCCUGUAUUGAUUUUUUUUAUUAUUUUUUUUUUUACACUUUUAGUUUUUUUAUUUUUUUUAUUAAAGACUAAACCAAGCACAGAAUUUACAUUAAAAAUGGACAAGGCUGCAGCGGGGUCACCCCUUGGCUCAUGGAGUUUAUUGUGAAAAUACUAAGUUUGGCAGUAUUACUGUCAUAAUCUUGAAUAUUUUUUUCAAACCUAUAUGCCCUCAGUCACUCUAAUUGAGACCACAAGUUAUAAAAUAAACUCACAUGAUCAGAUCAAGUGAAAUGAAGGGUAGUUUUUUUUUCAUUUUUAUUCAAAAAUCUAAUCGUUUCUCAGAACUAGAGGAUUCACACCAGGGUGGCAAUUAGAGAGAAAGCAGGUUCAGGAUAAUUCUACACUGGCCUAACUUUUCAAACCAGAGUUAGUCACUUAUGGCAAAAGUAAUAAUCCUGAUUAAGAUGUUCACUCUGUUUAAAAUAUUAUGUAUUGAUCUCUACUUAAAAAAAAAAAAAAAAAAAAAGCCAAUGGUAAUUAUCAACAUCCUUCAAAAUGUAAGCCCUGUGUUUGGAUCCUAAAAAUGUCAUUAAAUUUUGUUUGGUCACCAGAAAUCACGUGGGAAGCCCAAAUUGGAUUAUAAUCUUCUUUUAUCUUUAUAUAUUUUGUCUACUUUACUUUCAAAGUAAAUUACUUUUUCAGAUGA